AUGAAAGUCAUGGAAUUUAUUGGAUACAAUGCAGGAGAACAACAUCUUGGCAAACCAAAAGUAGAUUGUCAUGAAAAUAAUUUACCACCACAAGCUGGUACACAUGGUCAACCUGAGAGUCAUAUUUCUGGUCAAGGAGGUCCAGAAAUUCUGGGUGGAUCAGCAAGUACACGUAUAACUGGUCAAUCAGUCGAGGAACAAUUGAAAAAUCCAUUACCAACACAUAGUACCAAAUAA